GAAUUACAAAAAUCAAUGCCGACUCAUAGUUUGCCAGCUUCUCCGUUUGAGUUUAUAGCUCUCUCGUCUGAUAUUACUUGUCUCAUUCUUUUUUUUUUUUUAGUAUUUCUCAAAACAAAUGUUACUCAGUAUAUUUCCUUUUUAAGGAGAUAUAGAGUAUAUGUGAUCCAGACCAUUUCAAUUGAAUCGAAUCCAAUUACAUCUAGAUUCGAGUAAGAAGGGAAUCUUCUUGCUUGCAUUUUAUAGUACUCCGUAAUACGGAGUAGAAGUAAAUAAAUUAACGAGCAGUUUGCAGUUAGCACAUUAAACAACGAGUAGCGGACGAAUGGCCGCCUCAAUAAUUUCCGGCCACAUUUACCGGCCAAUCCCUCACCGGAAAUUCGAACUACCCAUCGCCCCAACUAUCUUCCUAUCUCCUCCCAGACCCAGAAAGUACCUCAGAUUCCAUCACAAAUUCAAAGGGGCCCUCCGGCUAAGCAUGGUGGACCGAGAAGUUAGUCAGCCAAGCCCCAAACAAGACACGGCCGCCGCUAACCACAUGGAUGAGCUGGUAGAUUUCUUGUACAAGGAUCUUCCCCACCUCUUCGAUGACAAAGGGAUUGAUCGGACGGCCUACGAUGCUGCCGUCAAGUUCAGGGACCCCAUCACACGGCACGACAACAUUGAUGGAUAUCUCCUUAACAUUGCUGCUUUAAAAUUAUUGUUUAGGCCUAAGUUUUCUUUGCAUUGGGUCAAACAGACAGGGGGCUCUGAGAUAACAACACGGUGGACUAUGGGGAUGAAGUUCCUUCCUCUGCCAUGGCAGCCUGAGUUGGUCUUUACAGGCACUUCUGUGAUGACUGUCAACCCAGAAACAAAGAAGUUCAUCAGCCAUGUUGACUACUGGGAUUCAAUCGUGAAUAAUGAUUUUUUUUCAAUAGAAGGUUUGAUGGAUGUAGUGAAGCAGUGUUUACACGUUGAGCAGUUGAGGUAUUACAAGACUCCGGACUUAGAAACACCUUCUUAUCACAUCCUAAAAAGAACUUCAAGCUACCAGGUCAGAAAGUAUUAUCCUUUUCUUGUUGUAGAAACGAGUGGUGACACGUUAUCAGGAUCAAAGGGAUUCAAUGAUGUGGCUGGCUAUAUCUUUGGGAAGAACUCUGCAUCAGAGAAAAUGGCGAUGACAACUCCUGUGUUUACACAGGCAUUGUCUGAUGAAAAAUCAAAAAUCUCAAUCCAGAUUGUUCUUCCAUCAUCUAAAUCCAUGAAAAGUUUACCGACUCCAAAUGAAGGAGUAAAAUUAAGGGAAAUUGAAGGGGGGAUUGCAGCCGUGUCGAUUUUCAGUGGGAAACCAACAGAGAAUAUUGUUAAAGAGAAGGAGGGAAGUCUGAGGAGUAGACUUACCAGGAGCGGUCUCAAACCUAAACCAGGGUGCUUGCUAGCUCGCUACAAUGAUCCUGAUCGAACUUGGGAACACAUAAUGAGGAAUGAGGUGCUGAUAUGGCUGGAAGACUUUUCAAUGGAUUGAUGCUUUGGAGAUUCUAGCACCUAGCAGCUGGAAUGUCCAACUGAAUGUAGAGGAGAAGCAGUAGCAGACACUUUGGAUAUAAAUUUUUCCGCAAGGGUAGCCAAGUCAGCAAGGCAGCGAAUUCGAUGACCUCAUUGACCAUGUUCAAUUUCUGCAAGGUCUGCCUAUGACAUUCUUGGUUGAGCCGGUCAUCAUAUAGGUUGAUUUAUCAUUUAAAUCCUUCAUUUGCCGGUUAGGGCCAAGAUUAAAACCAUGCAGAAUUCCAAUUGUAUAUGUUUUUUAUGUCCCAAGAGGUGUAUUUAGUUGUACAAUAGGUAUAUUGUACAUCUGGUUUUUUAUUCUACUAUGCAGUAUGCACAUGGACACAUGGUACAUCCAAAUGAUGAAAUGAACAUUGCUCUAAUAAGAAAUGAGCAUUUUUAUAUUGAAAUGAGUAUGGUAUUGUAUGAUAAAUGAG